UGGCCCCACAAUGUUCUCUUUUUUCCUAAUAAUUUCUGAUUGCACUUUAAUUUUUAUCUCAAUUUUCCUAUUCUCUCUGUGUUUUAAUAUUGUAGGUGGUUUCAAAUCUCUUUGGGAGCCAGGCAGGGAAGAAAUAAAGACGAGCAGCCAGAUCCAGCUGACGUGGCCAUUCUGGUUUCCUCAGCACCGACACCUGCUUCUGGGUCCAGCCUUCCCAGCUGGCUGACCACGUGGCUUGGGCGAGUCACUGUCAGACAUCAUUGGUUGCUCGGAGAGCAUAACUACCCUUGCAGCUGAAUGUGAGCUGGUGUGCGGGAAGUGGAGUGUUGGCCCAAAGUGGAUCCUAGUGGCCCCAGUGACAGGCACCUGGCUGGCAGGAGAACAUCGCCGUGAAGGCCACAGUCAGCUGGACCAGUAUCCAUUGUGAAGACAGGGACACAGCCUGCUGCUCAUGCCUGUGGGGCUCUUCGAGGAGCAAGCCAGGCGCCUGGCGGGCACAGCAUGGAGCCCUCACGCAAGAUGGAGUUUUUCCAGAAGCUGGGCUACAGCAGAGAGGACGUGGUCCGGGUGCUGGGCAAGCUGGGUGAGGGCGCCCUGGUCAACGACAUCCUGCAGGAGUUGAUCCGGACCGGCAGCCGCCCCCAGACCCAGGAGGGCCAGGCCACCAGCGCUGCCCCGCUGCUUGUUCCCCGGGGCUCCUGCGGAGUCCAGGAGUCUGCCCGGCGGGCCUUGGGGGCAGCCGGGAAAGAGGACUGCGGAGGCCCGGCCAGCUCUCUGAGACCCAUCGUGAUCGACGGCAGCAACGUGGCCAUGAGCCAUGGAAAUAAAGAAGUCUUUUCCUGCCGGGGAAUCCAGCUGGCUGUGGACUGGUUCAGGGACAGAGGACACACCUCCAUCAAGGUUUUUGUCCCAUCCUGGAGGAAAGAACCACCAAGAUCUGACAGCCCUAUCAGAGAGCAGCAAGUGCUGGAGGAGCUGGAGCGGCAGGCGGUGCUGGUGUACACGCCCUCCCGCAAGGUGAGCGGCAAGCGGGUGGUUUGCUAUGAUGACCGCUACAUCGUCAAGGUGGCCUACGAGCAGGACGGUGUCAUCGUCUCCAACGACAACUACCGCGACCUGCAGAGCGAGAACCCCGAGUGGAAGUGGUUCAUCGAGCAGAGGCUGCUCAUGUUCUCCUUCGUCAAUGACCGAUUCAUGCCUCCUGACGACCCCCUGGGCCGCCGCGGACCCUCCCUGAGCAACUUCCUGAGCAGGAAGCCACAGCCCCCAGAGCCGUCGGGCCAGCACUGCCCCUAUGGCAAGAAAUGCACCUACGGCAUCAAGUGCAAGUUCUACCACCCGGAGAGGUCGCGCCACGCGCAGCUGCCGGUGGCGGAUGAGCUCCGCGCCAAAACGCUGGCCUGGCCGGGCCGGGGUGCUUAGGAGCAGUGGCAGUCCAGUGCCCGGGGUGGCCCCGCAGGAACCCGGCCAGGUCCCCGCGACUCCGGCGCGCACGGCCUCCCUCCCGCGCGCCCGCCUGCGGAUCUGGCGGCCCUGCGAGGGAGCUUCUCGCUGCUGACUCUUAGCGACGACCCGGGGCCACUCCAGCCGAGCCCCUCAGGCCCCACCAGCAGCCUCCCAUCCGGGCUAUGCGGUCGGGACUGGGCGCCCAUCUCGCCAUCCCCGCGGGCGGGCCGAGCUGCCACUCCAGGAUCGCCCUGGCUCGAAGCGCCGGCGCCAGGUCUGCCCGGCCUCCCCGGCCCGCAGGGUCUCGUCUCCCAGCUCGGCCCGCUGGUCCUACCGCAGGACGGACACUGUCCCGGGGACCCGCACGCUGACCUGCUUCCCCUGAGCAGGCCACCUAGCGACUCUUGGACCGCGCCACAGAGUUCCCAUCGCUUUCGGGGCCGUUCCUCCUGGGCGGAGCCGACCUGGGGCGACGGCGCCUUUGGGGACCCUCCGGGGUACGCAGCCGCAGACUGCAAUUGCGUUUGCGAGGCGGAGGCGCGCGCCCGGGCACGCACGGUGCUCUGCAGCGUCUUCCCGUCCGCCCAGGUGGACCGCGUGAUGGCCGCGUUCCCCAAGCUCUCCGACCUCGCCAGCCUCAUCCUCCUCCUGCAGAGAGGCCAAAGGGCUGGGGCAUCACCCGCUGGAAAGCCUUAAGGGCCUCGUUCACGCCACCGCAAGGAACAGGCUUGCCUUGCGCUUGGG